GUUUUGAAAUAUCAGAUCUUUCCAGUGCUGUGGAUGACAGAAAGGGCUUCUAACAUUUACUUCACGCAGCGAUAAAGUGUUAAACCCAGCAUUUCAUGCCUGCAGUGCAGCCCAUCCUCGUUAGAUGGACCUUCUCGUUUUGAGGAACAUACACAGCAGCUGAGCUGUGCGCUGCUGCAGCCAUGGCUGAAAACGGAGCCUUAGAAAAUCACCGCAUCCGGAGCUUUAAAAACAAAGGACGCGAUGCUGAGGCAAUGAGAAGACAGCGUAAUGAAGUGUCUGUAGAGCUGAGAAAGAAUAAGAGAGACGAGCAUCUGCUGAAGAAAAGAAACGUUCCACAGAGCGAGAGUCUGGAUGACUCGGAUGUAGACAGCGACCUUAAAGGGCAGAAUGUAACCCUGGAAACCAUCUUACAGAAUGCUUCCAGUAACAACAAUGUGGUACAGCUCAGUGCAGUGCAAGCAGCCAGGAAGUUGCUCUCCAGUGACAGAAACCCUCCCAUAGAUGAUCUGGUUCGAUCAGGAAUCCUUCCAGUUCUGGUCAAAUGCCUGGACAGAGAUGAUCAUCCUUCUCUCCAGUUUGAGGCGGCCUGGGCUCUUACAAAUAUCGCCUCUGGAACGUCAGCUCAGACACAGGCGGUAGUCCAGUCUAACGCGGUGCCGCUGUUUCUGAAGCUGCUCCACUCUCCACACCAGAAUGUCUGUGAGCAGGCCGUGUGGGCACUAGGCAACAUCAUCGGAGACGGGCCUCAGUGCAGGGAUUAUGUCAUCUCUCUGGGUGCAGUGAAGCCGCUGCUGUCCUUCAUCUGCCCCACCGUCCCGCUCUCCUUCCUCCGCAAUGUCACCUGGGUCAUCGUCAACCUCUGCCGCAACAAAGACCCUCCACCACCCAUGGAGACGGUGCAGGAGAUUCUUCCAGCGCUGUGCGUCCUUAUAUACCACACGGAUAUUAAUAUUCUGGUGGACACGGUGUGGGCGGUGUCGUAUCUGACUGACGGAGGUAACGAGCAGAUCCAGAUGGUGAUCGAGUCCGGUGUCGUGCCUUUUCUGGUCCCUCUGCUCAGCCAUCAGGAGGUUAAAGUUCAGACAGCGGCUUUGAGGGCGGUGGGAAACAUAGUCACAGGAACGGACGAACAGACACAAGCGGUGCUCAACUGUGAUGUUCUCGCACACUUCCCCACGCUCCUCACACACCCUAAGGACAAGAUCAACAAGGAGGCCGUGUGGUUCCUGUCCAAUAUCACUGCGGGAAACCAGCAGCAGGUCCAGGCUGUGAUUGAUGCUGGACUCAUCCCUAUGGUCAUACACCAGUUAACAAAGGGAGAUUUUGGGACUCAGAAAGAAGCAGCGUGGGCUAUCAGCAACCUCACCAUUAGUGGCAAGAAAGAGCAGGUGGAGUACCUGAUUCAGCAGGGUGUGGUGGCCCCUCUGUGCGGUUUGCUGGAAGUGCGGGACACGCAGGUGGUGCAGGUGGUGCUGGACGGCCUGAAGAACAUCCUGCUGAUGGCCGGAGAGCAGGCCAGCGCCGUGACCGUCAUCAUCGAGGAGUGCGGAGGUUUGGAGAAGAUUGAGAACUUGCAGCAGCAUGAAAACGAGUACAUCUACAAGCUGGCCUUCGAGAUCAUAGACAUGUACUUCUCAGGAGACGACAUUGACGAGGACUCCAGUCUGGUUCCUGAGGCCACGCAGGGAGGAACCUUCACCUUCAGCACUUCGGGAGAUCUGCAGACCGAUGACUUCACGUUUUAAAGACCACACACGUAAUGGGGGGGGAUUUCAGAAGUGUGCAUACCUGGCAACCCAGUCAUUUAGCUCAAUGUCCAUGUUAUGGAGCGUCAGCCUUUUUUCUUUUUCACGUGAUUAUUCAUAUACACACGCAGAUGAUUGGUGUUUCUGAACUCUGCUGCAAAUAAUUUUUGGAUGGACUGAUCUUUUUACUUUUAUUAUUUUGAUUAUUAUUUGGCAAAGGCAUCGUAAAAUAAUUGAUUUUAUGCAUAAAAAGAAAAGUAUAACAUUUUGUAAACAGAACUAUUAUGUUUCGGAGUUAAAUACAAAAACACAUCUGGGACGGUGGACCAAUCAGGAAAAAAUCAGGAAUUCACUAUAUUUUUUUUAAUAAUAUCAAGUCCUGCUAAAAUGGAGAAAAGGAAUGUAUUUUUGUUUCCAGAGGGCACUUUCCUCACUUUUUAUGGGGAAAGAAAACGUCCUUACAAAUUUUACAUCAUUAACUUAUUAUUUCAUUUCAGGACCUUUGUUGUUCUUUUUGUAUGAGGAAUAUAUAUUUCGAGUGUACAGAUAUUGUUUGAAGGCUCCACAGACACUCAUUUAUACACAUAUUAUGGCAGACAAAAGCAUUUCUCAUGCAGUCGUGUCUGUGUCUUUGUGUAGUUAUUAGAUUGAUUCAUAUGAAAGAUAUUUUGUCAGUCUUGUGUCAGAAAGCGAUACAAGCUAUUAUUCAUUGCAAGAUUGUUCCUUGCAGCGACGUAAUUCAUAUUAAAUAUGUUUUCUUUUUUGUUCUAAAAUUUUUCAGUGGGUACUGCAAGUCUCAGCUUUUUAUUGUGGCUCCUCAUUGUUCCUCAAGUGCGGAAUAAAAGCAAGAUUGAGUUGCAUUUCA